UUCUACGCAUGUUGCUUCCGGUUCGUUCUUUUCCGCCCCGUGCGAUCUCACUGCAGUCGCACAUGUCUGUCUGCCGCGGAGCUUCUGAGAUGCCGUCUCGGGUCCUUGCUGAAGCCGAUCCCAGCACACUCAUGGAGGAGGUGGAGAGCGGCCUGCUGCUGCUGAAGAAAAAGAAAAAGAAGAUGAAAGAACAGAAGCCGAUGGCAGAAGAGUGUGAUUCACCGGCUCCCAAAAAGAGGAAGGCUGAGAAGAAGUCUUCAGACGUGAACACAAACACGGACACGGAGCAGAUCAAGUUGAAAAAGAAGAAAAAGGCCAACGUGGAGGAGGUGAUGAGCACCGGAGAGACUGAUAAACCGUCCCUGUCCCUGUCAGCUGUAGUGGACACGCCAGCACCGUCCAGCGAGGACUCAGACAGCGACCGCGAGAAAGAAACUCCGGAGCAGAAAGAAGGAGCUUUCUCCAACUUCAGGAUCUCCCAGAACACCAUCAGCCUGCUGCAGGCCCGAGGUGUUUCGUACCUCUUUGACAUCCAAGUCAAGACCUUCAACUCGGUGUAUGAUGGGAAAGAUGUGAUCGGUCAGGCGAGAACCGGCACAGGGAAGACCUUCUCGUUUGCUGUUCCUCUGGUGGAGAAGCUGCAGGGAGCAGGGGACGACAGGAGAAGAGGCCGGGCCCCGACGGUGCUGGUUCUGACUCCGACGCGUGAGCUCAACAAAGACAUCACCAGGAAGCUGUCCGUUACGUGUUUCUACGGAGGAAGUUCAUACAACCCACAACUGGAAGCCAUCCGCAAUGGCAUCGACAUACUGGUGGGAACGCCGGGUCGAAUCCGAGACCAUCUGCAGAAUAACAAGCUGGAUCUGUCUCAGCUCAAGCACGUGGUGCUGGACGAGGUGGACCAGAUGCUGGACAUGGGCUUCGCCGAGCAGGUGGAGGAGAUCCUCUCUGUGUCCUAUAAGAAGGAUGCAGAGGAGAAGCCGCAGACGCUGCUGUUCUCAGCGACGUGUCCCGCAUGGGUUUAUGAAGUGGCCAAGAAAUACAUGCGCUCUCAGUGCAUCCAUGUGGAUCUCAUCGGGAAAAAGACCCAGAAAGCCGCCACCACAGUCGAGCACCUGGCGAUCGCGUGUCACUGGUCCCAGCGGGCGUCCGUCAUCGGUGAUGUCAUUCAGGUGUACAGCGGCAGCCACGGCCGGACCAUCGUCUUCUGCGAGACCAAGAGAGAGGCCACGGAGCUCUCCAUGAACACAUCCAUCAAACAGAGUGCGCAGACGCUGCACGGAGACAUUCCUCAGAAACAGAGAGAGAUCACGCUCAAGGGAUUCAGGAGCGGCACCUUUGAAGUGUUGGUGGCCACCAAUGUGGCGGCCCGCGGCCUGGACAUCCCCGAGGUGGACCUGGUCAUUCAGUGCUCUCCUCCAAACGAUGUGGAAUCAUAUAUCCACCGAUCUGGACGGACCGGCAGAGCUGGAAGAACGGGCAUCUGCAUCUGUUUCUACCAGCGCAAGGAGGAGAGCCAGCUCAAGUUUGUGGAGCAGAAAGCGGGGAUCACCUUCAAACGGGUCGGGGUCCCAACAGCCAACGACAUCAUCCAGUCCUCCAGUAAAGACGCCGUGAGGUUUUUGGACUCGGUUCCAGCGGUGGCCGUGGGGUACUUCCGUGAGGCCGCGCAGGAACUCAUCGAGCAGCGCGGGGCGGUGGAGGCGCUGGCAGCGGCCCUCGCUCACAUAUCAGGGGCCACCAGCCUGGAGCAGAGAUCUCUCAUCAGCUCAGACGCCGGCUUCACCACCAUGAUAAUGAGCUGCUCUCAAGAAAUGCACAACAUCGGUUACGCCUGGCGCGGACUGAAGGAGCAGCUCGGGGAGGAAGUCGAUCAGCACAUCCAACGCAUGACCUUCCUCAAGGGCAAGAAGGGUGUGUGUUUCGACGUCCCGGCCAGCAAAGCGAAAGAGAUCCAGGACAAAUGGCAGGACGGCCGGCGCUGGCAGCUGAGCGUGGCCACAGAGCUCCCCGAGAUGGAGCAGAGCAUGCGGCAGAGCAGCGAACGGACGUCCGGCGGAUUCGGCGGCGGGCGAGGACGCCGCUCAUUCGGCUUCAGAGGCAAUAACAGUUCUGGAGGUAGAAGAGGACGAGGAGGUCCUCAGAAACGCAGCUUCAGCCAGGCCUUCAGUUACUGAUGUGGACUCUGAUGGUCUGUCAGACUGUCAUUUUUUACUGCCGUUUCGCUCUUUACCCGGGCGUUAUGUACCAUGAAAUAUGCUGAUUGCUUUUACAUGCAGUUCUGCUAUUUAUACAACCAAUCCCACUGAUAUUAAAGUGGUCUUUAAACUACA